AAUACUUUAUUUGAACUUACAAUCCUAUACGGAUGUGUCGUUCCUUCUCUUGAGCUUCAUCUCGAGUUUUCCUCACUCCUUCGCUCUGACCUCACUUAACAGCAAUGGUCCAUAUUCAGAAUUUCACAGAUGCUAGCUCGCUAGAACCUCAUUGGGGCUACGCUGAUCGCGUCGUUCCAUGCACAAACGAUGCUGGAUCCUGCAAAUAUCUCGACGUCGUCUACCACUCUCAUGAUCUGGGAAUGCUCUAUUCUGGCAUCUUCUGGGCGACUAUCGCUGGAAUGCUGUUUAUCUGGACGUUAGGUCGUCGCUUGCUACCCUCAAGACGUGCAGACGAAGAACUGCUUGUACCAGUGCGACCAGUUCGAUCUUCGCCCCGAGGCGGAAUCGAGCGACUUCAACACGCUUUGUCAGCGAGUGCCCGGCGCUAUCUCCUUCCCGACUUCGCAAGACCUAUCUUUGGGCGCACGACGCGGCUACAAGUCUUGUCACUGCUUGUACUGACCGGUUAUCUCGCCAUCUGGUCGUUCGUCGGGAUUGUUUACAACAAAUGGGUCACACCUGUGAAGAAGAUGCCUGGUGUUUACAAUACUCGCACCAGUCUAGGACCUUGGGCGGAUCGCGUCGGCACUCUUGCGUACGCGUUGACUCCUCUGUCGAUCCUCUUGUCGAGUCGCGAAUCGAUCCUAUCGCUACUGACAGGACUACCAUACCAGAGCUUCAACUUCCUCCAUCGAUGGCUCGGUUACAUCAUCGUAGUGCAGUCUUCUCUGCACACGAUCGGCUGGACAAUCAUUGAGGUAAAGCUCUAUCAGCCCCAACCCACUGUUGGCCGCGACUGGAUCCGUCAGCUGUACAUGAUCUGGGGAGUUGUUGCCAUCGUUCUUCUGUUCUUUCUCUUCGCUCUCUCUACACCUUGGGCCAUCCGCUUGACUGGGUACGAAUUCUUCCGCAAGUCCCACUACAUCCUCGCGAUGGUCUACAUUGGUGCAUGUAUUGGCCAUUGGGACAAGUUAUCUUGCUACCUCAUUCCUGCCUUGAUCGUGUGGUUCAUGGACCGCGGCGCACGCCUUGUUCGCACCGCCAUUCUGCAUUACACUGUUUUACCUGGUGGUGAGGUUGCUUUCGGUCCUGCUAAGGCCACGACCGCGCUCUUCCCCGAUCCGAAUGGCGAUGUUGUUCGUCUAGACUUUGUGCACCCUCACGAUGCCUGGUCUGUAGGUCAACACUUCUAUCUGUGUUUCCCAGAAAGCAGUAUCUGGCAGUCGCAUCCCUUCACGCCGCUUAGCUUUCCCAUCCAUACCGACGGCAUAUCUUGCGGCGUUCAACACUCUUACAUCUUCCGUGCUAAGAGUGGAGAGACCAAGAAGGUUGCGCAACUCGCCAGAACAAAGUUGCAGCAAGCUGGUGCGGACGCUCCUCUGACCGCGGUCAUUCUGACUGGUCCCUAUGGCGAAACCAUAGCUACCCACCUCACGCAAGAAGUCAACAUUCUUUGUAUCGCUGGUGGCACAGGUAUCACAUACGUGCUCCCUGUCCUCCUCGGUCUUGCGUACCAACCACGUUCGGUCAAGAGGAAGAUUUCUCUCGUCUGGGCUGUACGUCAGAUUGCGGAUAUCGCCUGGGUCCAGCCAGAGCUCGACCGCAUCAGACAGCUAGCCAAAUCCAUUGAUUUGACUAUUCGUGUUUUCGUCACUCGGGAAACGGAAGCUCAAUCCACCAUGUGCGAAAAGACACGAUACACAGAUGAGUCCAAGUCGACCUCAGAGCCUGUGGUCAUAUCCGAAUCUGGUGAAACAUCGGACUCAUCCUCUAAAACAGCAUUACCAGCAUCAGAUCCCAGGGAGCAACCUAUCCACAGACAUCCUGAUCUUAAUGUGCUAGUAAAGGAAUUUGUCAACGAUACAAUCUGUGGUAGGACGAGCGUGUAUGCCAGCGGGCCUGGACGUAUGAUCUCUGAGUUACGAAGCAUUGUGGCUCAAUGUAAUGAUGGAUCGAAGGUAUGGAAAGCCGAGGAGAGAUACGAUGUCAGUCUUGUCUGUGAUGAUAGGUUGGAGUGGUAG